GAUCAUUACACAAAAUGGCUACUUUCUAAUUUACCAUAGUUUGUUUUGUUGUGCGUUCUGUAUUUUGUUGAAAACGAUAAAUUAUCUGGAAUGUUUGAACAACAUUAAUUCAUUGUUAAUAUGAAGUGAAUCAAUUGCCAAUAAAGAGAGAUUCGCUGGGCGAAUCAAUUUGUCAGAUGAAUAGUGAAAAAAUCACUAGCUUUAAUAUGAUGCACUACACGCCUUGGCCACAGCAGCAAAUAAUAAUGGACAACCAACGUUAUUAUGCUCAAUAUAUGGAAGAAUUGUCCCACUAUCAUCAUCACCAUCAUCAUCAUCGACCUGAUCCAAUAGAUGAGAACAGUGAACAAACGGGAGAUGAAAUGCACGAUACAAUGACAUCGGCUACAUCAUGUGAUCGUAGUUCAAGCGCUGAUCUCUUUAGACUUGAAUUUGCUGCCACACAAUGGUCCAAACUCGUCUCAAAUGCUGAAGGUCUUUUUAAUAAACUUAUUGUAAGUAAUAUUUUACCUCAUAAUGAACAAGAUCAAAUAGAACAAUGGCUUUGCAUGAAACAAGAAUACGAGGAAUGUAUCACAAGCGAUGAUACAGCGAGCUUUCAAGGAUUUGCUGACAAUGCAAGAAGAUCCUUGGAAAUAAUUGAAGAAGUCACGGAGACUGAUGAGAAAACCGAUGAAUCUGGAAAUCGUAUGGAUUAUCGAGAUAGAUCGGAAACAUGUUCAGAAACGGAAAGUGAAAUAUCUGAAGAAGAAGAGGACGACGAAGACGACGAUGAUGAUGAUGAUGAUGAUGUUGAAGACGAUGAAGACGAAGACGACGAGGAGGAAGAUUUAAGUGAUACUAAUUCUGAGAAUCCAGAUUUUAUCGAAAGACUCGAUGAAUGUAUAAAUAAAUUUAUAAUUGAAACAGAUGGCGUUAUUGAUUUAAAUAGAGAAGAAUUCCAAGAGAUUGGUACUCCAAUUCCACAAAUAUCAAGAAAUAAUAAUGAUUCAAGUCCAAUAAUGAAAGCACCGCCUAAGAGAAAUCCAAAUAUGAGACGAAAUUCAAUGCUACCUGGUUCGGAAAUGUGUAAUGGAUUAUUGGCAUUCAAUGAUAAUUUCAAACUUACUCAAGGUCAAAAUAUUCAAACUGACUCGUCAAGUAGUUUUAAUCUUUCGAAAAUUUCUGAAACAACACAAAGUUGCAAUGAAUUGGAAUCACGUAAUAUCAAUACUGAAAUUGCCAUAAUUGCCCAAUCGGAAAAUUCACCAAAUUUAUUUAUGGAUGUACUUUUAAAUUCCGAUACGCCAGGACCAAUAAAAGAAUUAAAAGCCCUAACUAAAAAUAAUAAAGCGAAACAAAAGGAAGUAUUAAAAAUUCAAUCGGAUCUUGAGGGUGCACACAAAAGAAUUGAGGAAUUACAAUCGACAAUUGAAAUAAAAGAACGUUUUAUUGCUGAAAUGAUAAAAAAUUCCGAUACACGAUCAAGUGCAAAGCAAAGAUUUCAUCGUAAACGUACUAAAUUGAAGGAGGAAUAUUAUAAUACAAGAACACAAUUGGCACACGCUGAAAGUGCAUUUACAAAUAAUGAAACUGGCGAGAGAUCAACUUAUAAAAAUGAAAUUGAACUUUAUCGAAAUAUGGCAUUUCAUUAUGAAAAGAAAUUAAUGGAUAUUGAAAUUAUACGACAAAUUGCUGGUGAUUCGGCGAAAAAAGUUCGUAAACUUGAAAAUUCUCUUAGCUCAUCGAAAAAACAAAUGGAGGAAUUAACACGACAAUUGAAAAAAGAAGAACUUUUGAAAAAACAAUUGGAAGACGAAGUGGCUGAGGAUCAAAAGAAAAUUCGUGAUCUAGAAGAGAAAUAUAAUUUAACAGCGUCAAAAUUAAAAGAAAUACAAUCUGAAAGUGAAGAUGAAAGAGCAAAAUCAAGAAGUGAAAGUUCAAAAAAAAAUUUACUUGACGUCAGCGAUAGAAUAUCACAUCUUGAUCAAGUUUUAAAGAAAAAAUCCAUGGAUCUUGAUAAAACAGCCGACACUGAUGAGAGAAAAGCAUUGAGACUUGAAAUUCAAAAUUUUCGUGAUACACGCGAUCGUUUAAUUGAUGAAAAAACACGUACCACAGUUGAUGAACGAAAUUUACUUGAAUACGAUGAGACAAUUGAAGUUAUUGACACUGUGAUUGAACAUAAAAAUGAAAUGAUAUGCGGUCGAAAAUAUUUCGAUGAAGAUCCAAAGGGAAAUAAAUUUUUGGAAAAUUUGGAAAAAUUAACCGAUGGUGAAAUGAAAAAUCUCUUUCACACUUAUUUCACCAAAGUGAUUGAUUUAAAGCAAAAUCUUCAAUCAUUGGAAAAUGAAAAUAAUUAUUUAAAAUAUCAAUAUCAACGUGUUUACAAUGGUUUAAAGCAAAAUGAAAUUGAAGCUGAAAAAAGAGAUGUUUUAAUGCAAGAGAAAUAUCAACGACAAAUGAAUUUAAUGCUUAAACAAUUUGCGGAGAAUUCAAGUAGUUCGGGACAUGAGAAAAUGGAUAAUGAUUCGGAAAUUGCAAGAUAUAGGAAGGAAAUUCGAAUAUUGAAAAAACGAUUACAAGAUGUUGAGACUCAUUAUAAAGAGCCUCCUACCAAAGUAACAAGAGAGAAGAAUAAAUUGAUCAUACAAAAAACGACUGAUUCUGACAAAAGAAAAAAGUGAGUUCUACAAUAUAAUAGAUAGAUAAAUUCUUUUUGUUUUUCUUUUAGAGAAAAAUAUAUUUUAAUUAACUUUCUUUUUGAAGAAAAGUUUAUAUAUUUUAUGGUUGGAGAUAUCUGUGAUAAAAGAGUAAACUCAAUUUCUGAGAUUUCUUUCAAUAUAUAGGUAUAUAUAUAUUUUUUUUUUCAAGUACAAGUAUUUUAUUGUACUUUUCAUUGCUGUGUGUACUGUUAAGGAUUAGUUUUCUGAAAUUGAUAAUUGCAAUAUUUAUAUUCCAGAUGUAGAAAUUAUAAUAAUUCAGUAAAAACAAUUAUUUCAACUUUUUUUUUUAAAUGCGAAUUUAUUUAACUUUUACAGUGAAAAAAAGGAUUAAUUGACUUUUUUUUUAAUUACCCUACAGUUCUGAAUGUUCAAAUGAACGAAAUAAUUUUUUUGGUCAAUUUUUUAAAAUUCUCUAAAUUAUUUUUAAUAAUUUUAAUGAAAUUCUUCACAAAUUCAAUUAUCUUCAAUUAUUUUUAAUGAUUUUUAUAAUAUUCUUCGAAUAUUCAAUUAUCUGUAAGCAUUUUUCAAUUCAAAACUUU